GUGAACUCAACUCCGUCCAUCGGCGUAUGAAGCCAGAGGCGGUGUUGGGCUCGUUGUGUCAGAACUUUGCCGACCGACUGGUCCAGGGAGUGGUUGGGCAGAUCAGCAUCGAUGUCGCUAUUCGCUGAUGGUUGGAGAGGGCGGUGUGGGUGGUUUGAUCAACAAUGUACAACUUUCGGCUGUAUGAGGUUGUUGGGUGGGAGAUCAGUACCUCGAUAUGGAGGCAACAUGGAGUCGGGUGGCAGAUCAAAACACUCUCACGAAAUACAUUCAUGGAGUCAGAGGGCGUGUUGGCUAGCUGCAUCAAAACUACAAAACACACAAGUGUUAUGGAGUCUUUGGAGGGUUCCAAUUGCUUGACUCGUUCAACGCUUGGACUCGGAGGGAGGGGAUUCGGUGGUGGUUUGAUCAACAACGUCUCGGGCAAAGUUCCAUGGGGUCGGUGGGAGAUCAAAAGCCACUUCAGUGCUUACUUAUGGUUGGAAAGGGUCGUUGGUAGUUUGAUCAACAACCAGCAGGAUCGGUGUACAUGGUGUUGGUGGGGGGUCAAACCAGAUACUCCCGAUAUCCAUGGAGGAGGAGGAGGCUGUGGUUUGUUCUUUCAACAAGGUUGCGAGAAUGGCCGAUGGAGUUGGUGGGGUCAUAAUGAAAAAUGUGAUCUAGCUAUGGAGUCGGAGGAAUUUGUGGCUUGUUCUUUCAACAGAAGACACGAGGAUGCACGUUGGCGUCGGUGUGGAUUCAGAAAGGGACGAUAGUGUUGGCUAUGUAUUUCAUGGGGAGUGCGAAUCAGAACGAACACCGCGAGAUGGGGCGGGGGGGAAGAGGGGUGCUUUACAGUGUAAUGAUAAUGGUGACCGUUACGGGGUGCUGGUAGAUAGAUGAUACAGAGAGUGCUGAUCCCUAGCAUAGUAAAUGACAUUUUGCUGAAGGUGGGAACCGUCACUGGUAGGAAACGUCAUGAUGCUCGAAGUUGAUGCAAGACUAUGAUCCUUAGCAUACAAGGGUUUGAAGACGAACGAAGAGGGGUAUGGACAUUGCAAAAAUAAUCACUACACUACGCUGCCACGUUUCAUCUAACAAAACAAAUCAGGAAGACCGCUCAUGAUACAUAAAGUCGUUACAGUA